GCCCUGUUCAUUGUGGGAAGUCACAGCAGUGUGAAUACAGGGAGGGGAGGUUCACUGGGAGCCAUUUUGGAGACUGGCUACCACACACAUAGAUGCAGCUAAUUCUCCAAUAGCCCCCCGAAGGUAAAUACUCCCAAUAGGCUCAUCUUGAAGAGGAGGAAACAGAGGCACAGAAGUGUGAAGUAACUCACUCAGAUUGAGAGAAUGACAUGCUCCCUGAGGCAGGCUCCCUAUGGCUGCUGCGGCUGCUCCGGGACAUCCAGCUGGCCCAGUUUUACCGACCCAUCCUUGAAGAGCUUAAUGUUACUCGGCCAGAACACUUCGAUUUUGUAAGACCUGAGGAUCUGGACGGCAUUGGCAUGGGCCGGCCUGCCCAACGCAGACUGGCUGAAGCUCUGAAGAGGCACCGUUCAGGGCUCAAGUCUAAGAACUGGGUCUACAAGGUCCCAGUGGCUGUCAAGUCCCUCCGGGUGGGUCCUGAAGGCCCAGAGGGCAGCGAGCUAGGGGACUUCUUGCGAGAGGUGUCCGUCAUGAUGAACUUGGAGCACCCACACGUGCUUCGUCUGCAUGGCCUGGUACUGGGCCAGCCGCUGCAGAUGGUGAUGGAGCUGGCGCCCUUGGGCUCCCUGCACGCGCGCCUGACCGCCCCACCCCCCACGCCCCCACUGCCCGUGGCCCUGCUCUGCCUCUUCCUGCGGCAGUUGGCAGGGGCCAUGGUGUACCUGGGGGCCCGCGGGCUGGUGCACCGAGACCUCGCUACGCGCAACCUGCUGCUGGCUUCACCGCGCACGAUCAAGGUGGCUGACUUCGGGCUGGUGCGGCCGCUGAGCGGCGCCCGGGGCCGCUACGUCAUGGGAGGGCCCCGCCGCAUCCCCUUUGCCUGGUGUGCGCCCGAGAGCCUGCGCCAGGGGGCCUUCUCUUCCGCCUCGGAUGUGUGGAUGUUUGGGGUGACGCUGUGGGAGAUGUUCUCUGGGGGCGAGGAGCCGUGGGCCAGGGUCCCACCGUACCUCAUCCUGCAGCGGCUGGAGAAGGACCGAGCCCGCCUGCCUAGGCCUCCCCUCUGCUCCAGGGCCCUCUACGCCCUUGCCUUGCGCUGCUGGGCCCCCCACCCUGCCGACCGGCCCACCUUUUCCGACCUAGAGGGGCUGCUCCAAGAGGCCUGGCCUCCUGAGGGACAUUGUGUGAGGGAUGUCACAGAGCCAGGUGCCCUGAGAAUGGAGCCUGGUGACCCCAUCACUGUUAUCGAGGGCAGCCCCGACUCCACAACCUGGAAGGGCCAGAAUGGCCGCACCCUCAAAGUGGGCAACUUCCCAGCCUCGGCAGUGACGCUGGUAGACUUGGGGGGCUCGCCAGCCACCCGUCCAGUUCUCAGAGGCUCCCCUGCCCGGGGAGAGAGACAUCAGGGAAACACAGAUGGAGCGAAGGCAAAGCUUCGGGAUCCCCCUCCAGCCCGGGGUCAGAGAAGGAACGUGGCCCUGCAGAGGACGAAAGGCAUUUCCAAGAGUCUGGAGUCGGUUCUGUCCCUGGGCCCCCGCCCCACAGGAGGUGGGUCGAGCCCCCCCGAACUUCGACAUGCCAGAACUGCGCACCAGGGACCCCCGGGCCUGUCAUCCCGCCCUCCCGUUGCUGCCAGCUCUUCUCAGCCCAGCCAGCCUUCCAGGGAGCGGCCUCCCUGGUCCAGAAGAGAACCCCCCCACAGUCACUCCAUAGGAGUGCCUGGGGCCAGCAAAGCCACCAUCCCCUCUGGGGGACCCUUGCCUGACCCCGAGUUGCAGAGGAGGAUUAUAGAGGUGGAGCUGAGUGUGCAUGGAGUCACCCACCAGGAGUGCCAGCUGGCUCUAAGAGCCACUGGGGGAGACGUGGUUUCUGCCAUCCGGAAUCUGAAGGUGGACCAGCUCUUCUACCUCAGCAGCUGGUCCAGAGCCGAGUGUCGACGCAUCCUGGAGCGUUACCAGUGGGACCUCUCAGCUGCCAGUCGCUAUGUCCUGGCCCGGCCCUGAGCUCUGCUCCCUUGGGCAUGGACACCAGAUGGACUGAGGGCCUGGCCACAUGGGACCAAGCAGAGCCGGCACAAGGCCCUGACGGUAUUUUCCCACCUGGGGAGAGCCUGCUGAUGGCAGAUGCAGGAGGCGCCCAGGAUCGGGCACUGGUGAGCGUCUCCUCACCCUGCCCUUCGGUCUCUGAGGGCACAAGCCCCUUGGCCGGGUCAUAGAAGGAUGCGGUCCACUCUGCCCACCACAUUCCCAACCGAGAGGAGGGCUUGGAGGAACAGAGCUGCUAUGCUUCAUACCCACAGGAAGCUGCUAUUGCUACAGAGAAUGAGCAAGUGGACACAUCGGGCCAAGGGAACAGCCAUCCUGAACUGCCAUCAGCUGCCACCCUGGGCUCUGUGGGAGCAGCCAUCUUGGAUGAUGGGAACAGGAUGACUUGGGGCAUGUGGCCUCAACUACCUUGGCUUGGUUUGGGGCCAUCAUGAUGAUAAAAGUUGCUCUCUUAGACUCAAGGACACGUGAUCCUAGCAGCUUGGACUAUGAGAUGGGCCAGCUCCCUCCCAGCCCAGCUGUCAUAUUUCCCUUUCUUUCUUCCCACACAGACUAUUUCUUCUACCCUCUCCCAUCACAUACAUCUUCCAAUGUCCAAAAAGUUACAAAGUUUAUAUGAAUAUAA